GUGGCUGAGCUAUGUUGCACCUGUUUUGUUCUCUUGGUAUUGAGUUGGUUAUGGGGAUCCCAUAAAGCGGCUGAGCACUCCACAAUCGGUCUAACGAAGGUCUUAUAGCUUUGAUGUUACGGCUGCAGUGGCUGAGGCUCCGGCUCAAAAAUGCUCAGGACAAGUUGGCCGUCUUUGUCACCACGUCAACAUGAGAGUUUAGAUCAAACAACAGAUCAGAGAGGAGAGAAUAAAAAAACAAUACCGUUGAUUUAGAAUAAGGUAUCAUCACCGACGGUAUGGCGGCUAACAUCUUUUCGUGCUGCGUACCCAUCCGCCAGUAUCGACAGAGAGAGCAGGCCAGAAGGGCUGCCACAGCUCGCAGCGAAGCAAUCGACAAGGAGCUUGCCGGGACCCGGACAGACCUCAAAGUCCUACUCCUGGGCUCCCCAGGGUCGGGCAAGAGCACCUUCAUCAAACAGCUGAGAAGUACAUGUAUCGACGGAGACGAAUUCACAAAUGAGGAGGUCGAACGUUACCGUGACAUUAUUUACUCCAACGUUAUUGAAGGCUUGAAAUCGCUUUUGGAUGCUCGGAGCAAGCUUCAGAUUCCGUGGGACGACGCAGCCAAUGAGGAACAUGCUGCCCGGGUCAUCGACUGUGACACAUCGCAGCUGAAUCCAAGGACAUUUGCAACACACGUGUCCAGUUGCAAGGCACUGUGGGCAGAUAACGGCAUUCAGGAAGCAUACAAGAGGCGGGAUGAAUUCCAGUUGGAAAGCUGUGUCGGGUACUUUCUUGAUGAGCUGGAUCGGAUUGGAAAUGAGGAUUAUCAUCCCUACAUCCAGGACAUCCUCUACGCGCAACAAAGUACGCCAGGUGUAGCGGAGUACGUCAGCGAAAGCCGCGACCUAGUCCGGCGGUUCAUCGACUUGGGUGCCCUGCUGCGGUACAAGAAAGUCUUCACUCACUUUGAAGACGUCAGAGCAGUCUUGUAUUUCGUGUCAGUUGAUGAGUUUGAUCAAGUCCUGACUGCGGGGACCAAUGACGAGGGUACCGGCAGCACCAACUGGCUGAUGAAGGAGUGCGACGCCCUGAGCUUGAUCCUCAAAUGCCGGUGGUUCACCGGGUCCCAAGUCUUUCUCAUUCUCAACAAAGCCGACCUGUUGGAACAGAAGAUCAAACACGUUAAUCUCAAAGACUUCUUUCCACAGUUCGAUCGUGACCCGAGAAAUAUAGAUCAGGUGAAGGAAUUCAUUUUUGACUUAUUUGAGAAGCGGUGCGACAGUCGAUGGGGGGAUGCAUUCUGUACGUACUUCAUCACCGCAGUGGACCAAAUAAACAUGGCUUCUGUUUGGUCAGCCAUGUCGGAUGCUAUUCGGCCGCUGCCCAAGGGUAGCCCCUUCGUUCUCUAUUGACUCCCUCCAUGAACAGUAGAUGCCGCCUUGUCACCUCACAUGAGAGCUCCAUAGAGAGGGACACACUGUGUGCGUGCAUACAGUCGUGUUUUACAUAACUCCCGAGGAUAAGCCGUUGUCUUUUCCUUUGUCCCUGUAAUAUAACACUCUCCCAUAGAUUAAACACGUAAACGCAUGAUCGAGGACCAUUUUCGACAGCAGAUGAACGAUGGAGGUCAACAAAGAAUCUGUUGUUCUCCCUUUGUGGGUCCUUGGGGUGUAUGUAGUGUAUGCCCACUAAUUCGUGCAUGGACGGCGUGAAGUAAGCUUGCCUAACUUUAUUCUGAAUGGGCACAAAUCUGUAACAUCUUCUCAUGAGCAUCAGGAGCAUCAGGCAAUGCAUUCAAGAAUCCCUCCCAGUGGUCCCUCAGGAGUGUCAUGGCCUAGCGGUUAAGAGCACCGG